ACAAGAGUGGCGCUGAAAUGGACUCAGGUGCUUGUGUCCAUGUUUCAUUGGAUCAGAAUAAAAGUGCGCCGUAGAAGAGUUAAGUUUGAAGGUUUGGCAGAAUUGGAGCAAUUAGUGAGCUGCACAGGUGAGCUGCACAGGUGUAUAACAUCUCUCCAGCUGCAGGAGUCAUCAGGUUGGCGAGUGACGGCCUGUACGAGACCAGUGUCCCUUCUUCAAGGUCUUCCAGCGGCGCCAUGUCAGGUAUGGAAGUCUGUCCCACCGCGAGCGGGAACCCGCCGCCACCGGAGGUAGAGAACCGGCGGAGGCCAGGACGCGUGACCAACCAGCUGCAGUACUUGGAGAAGGUGGUGCUCACAGCGGUGUGGAGGCAUCACUUCUCCUGGCCCUUCCGCCAGCCUGUUGAUGCCGUCACGCUGAGACUUCCCGAUUAUUACACCAUCAUUAAAAAUCCCAUGGAUCUGGGCACCAUCAAGAGGCGCCUCCAGAACAAAUAUUACUGGAAAGGCCUGGAGUGUGUACAGGACUUUACCACCAUGUUCACUAACUGCUACGUCUACAACAAGCCUGGAGAUGACAUCGUCUUCAUGGCCCAGACGCUGGAGAAGAUUUUCCUGCUUGAAGUUUCCAAAAUGUCAAAAAACGAACGAGACGUUUCAGUGGUCGCCACAAAAGACCCAGUGAACGUGCAGAAGAGCAAUACUGCUCUCUGUCCAUUCAAGACAAGACCCGACAUGUCCGAGGUGGUCCUCCAGCAGACGCUGACCAUCGUCUCCCCAGGCGUGCCACGCCCUCUGUCUCCCAUCCAAAGGUCCCCUCAGAUGGAUGAAACAGUCAAAAAGGCUAUUAAGAGAAAACCAGAGUCCAUCCCCACAGCACUGGCGAGCAGCGUGGCGUCCGCCGAGCCACAUCCCCUCUGCACGGCGUUGGCAAAGCGAGGCAGCGGGAGGCCCAUCAAAGUCUUUGAGGACAAGAAGGCCAAACUGCUGGAGCCGCUGCACCACUGUGACGCCAUCUUGAAGGAGAUGCUCUCCAAGAGGCACUACGCCUACGCCUGGCCCUUCUACACCCCCGUGGACGUCGUGGCUUUGGCCCUGCAUGACUACCACCUCAUCAUCAAGCAGCCCAUGGACCUGAGCACCAUCAAGAAAAAGCUGGAGCAGCGAGAGUACGAGGCUGCCAAGGAGUUUGCUGCCGACGUCAGGCUGAUGUUCUCCAACUGCUACAAGUACAACCCUCCAGCCCAUGAGGUGGUCGCCAUGGCCCGCAAACUGCAGGAGGUUUUCGAGGCCCGCUUCGCCAAGCUUCCGCAGGAGCCACUCCGACAGGUGGACGAGUCCAGAGGCCAGCGAGUGGGGGGUCAGUCCACCUUGCCAACUUCUUCAGAGAGCGAGAGCUCUUCGGAUGCGGAGAGUUCAUCAGAGGAGGUGACCACGCAGCUCGCCAACCUGGAGGAGCAGUUGAAAGCAGUCAGUGAGCAGCUGAGGAGACUCACUCAGGACCCUCUGAUGAAGCAGAAGAAGAAAGACAGGUUGAAAAAGGAGAAGAGAUCCAAAGAAAAGGACAUCGCUCGACUUAAAGGCAAAACCCUGAAGUACAAGCGUGUGGUGGAGAAAAGCAGCAGUUUCAGCAGUAUUCACACAGUCGCCAUGGAGCGCAGGGCUGAGACGGCGCCUCAGACCUACCAGGCCAGGAAGCAGCCCGGACUGCUGAAGGUGGUCAAAGCAGACCGGGCCAAGAAGCUGCACAGGUUGACCACGGUCUGCCGGAGGACUGACAGCAGUCAAAUGUUGGAGAAGCGCAGUGGAGUGAUGCAUUGUGGGAAGUUGAAGCAGCCCACCAGAUGCCAGGUGCUCCGUAAACAGCAGCAGGCGGUGAGGAAGAAAAUAGCAGGCAAACUGGCUGUGUCUCCUGACUUCAUAUGUCCAUCACAGCUCAGCUUCAGCAGCACUUCCUCUUCCUCUUCCUCUUCCACUUCCACUUCAUGCAGCAGCAGCUCGCCAUCUUCUGACAGCGGUUACUCUCCUGUGCCUAAAAUCAAGAAGACUGCCAAAGACAUGUGUCAAAAGCCAAAUAAAAAGGCUGCCAUGUGCAAGCAGACCCACGGGGGGCGCUCUUUCUCCUCGCUCGCCAGCCACCCUCGUCAACCCGCCACGACGUUAACGCAGACCAGACCCCAUGCCGCACCGCCUCAAGGACAGAUGUCGCUGCCGCCUCCAGUGGACCUGGCCACACUUCUCUCCCCCUUGGCCUCACCUGACUUCCUGCUGGACUGGCCCUCGUCCAGUUUUGAGAUCCCCUUGCUGUCCCCUCUGAUGGGCAGUCCACUGCUGGCCACACACCACACCAAGUCUGAUGUCAUCACCACAUUGCUUUCCACUGAACAUGUCACAGAGAGUGGAGUGGCCACCAACUUUGCAAUUCAAUCAACUCUACCAGACAAACUGCCUAAGAAGGACAUCGUAGUGAAAAAUGCUGAGUCGUGGGCCCGACUGGCCAGACUGGGCGCCGGCCCCCCGGCAGCCAUCAAGUCGUCCAAGGAGAGCUUCCAGCACUUCAAAAAGGCGGCCAUGGAGAAGGAGGAGCGUGAGAAGGCGCUGAAGAAGAAGAACAGCCUUUCAGGCCAAGUGGAUAAAAAUGUUCCACUGUGCAGAAGUGACGUUCCCUCUCUGGGCUCCGCCUCCACCGAGACCACGCCUCCCGUGGAAAGCCCGCCCUCCUCCCUGUGGCGUGAGCGGGAGCUGGCGCGACAGAAGGAGCAGGAGCGGCGCAGACGUGCGACUGUGUCCUGCAUCGACAUGAGCAUGCAGCAGGAGAUCAUGACCACCUUUGAGCUCAACCUGGACUAACCUCACUGACCACCUGGAGUAUCUGCCACGUUUACUUGUCUUUUUCUCCCCAUCUUUGUGUUCACUUUGGGAAAAGACAAUAUGCUUGCACCCUAUUUUGUUAAGAAAGGAAAGGAGGACGCUUUUCCCAAGAUCUGUGUUCUCUUCUGCUUCACCACUGCUGCACUUUAAAUACCUUCAAACCUGAGAGUU